AUGCUAUUCUCUAAGUCAAUUACAUUUUUAUCAAUCUGUGCUUCUGCUUUUGCUGCCUUCACCAAUGAAACCGUUUCAUCUGUUGCACAAGAAGAUAAAGUUACUACUACAUUAUCUCCAGUUACCUCUGUCGAAGCUAAGACAACCACAUGGACUCUAAGUGAUGACACUACCACUUCUUACCUAACCUUUACCUUUUACCAAACACACACUCUACCUCCUACUACUACCACUGCUGAAGAUGCAGAAAAUAAGAAAGCUGCUAUCACAGACGUUGCGAACUCUUCUGAAAAAACUACUUAUUUGACUUCCACACUAUAUUCUACCAUCAUUCAAGGUUACUCAAACUCUACAUACCAACCUGCUACCACAACUUCAGCUCCAUCAAAUUCUGAUUCUCAAUCUCAACCGUCAGCCGAAUCUGAUUCAAACGUUAAAACUGUUUACGUUACAUUAGAACCUGUCACCAGUUACAUCACAAUUACUGCAGACCCAGUUACCAAAUUUGUGACUCUUACUGCCGAUUCUAUUGCUCCAACUGUUUCUACUAACCAAGCUCAAUGGUCCAACAACACCAACACCAACUAA